ACGACAACUUUUCUUCCUCUCGACUGCGACAUUUUGAACCUCAGCGCCUCGAUGUUGUGGUAUUGUUGUUUACACUUGAAGCUAGCUGCGACAUCUGGAUUAAAUAAGCGGGACUCGGUUGUGUGGCUCGCCGAUAGAUUGAUCUAAAAUCGGUCAAAGUCAGUCGAUGCCGGGUCACCGUAGUAAAGUCUGUUUCUUCCCCAGCUGACCUGACCUGUAGUCACGUGAUACGCUUCAUGUGAUCACCUGUUUAUCUGGACGGGCGCAGGCGUUACUGUUGUUGUCUUUCCAUUCUUUGUCGUAUAUUACAGUGCAUUUGAUACAUUUGGUUGGAUAAAACAUCACGAUCAGCAGAUUAAUGGAUGAAAAACCUGAUAUUUGAGAAAGAGGGAGUUUACCUCCACACAAAUGCCAAGAGGAGCAACCAUGACACGACCAUCCCAGGGUUCAUCCGCAUCGUGGAGCGGGCCGGCCUGCCGGCUUUAGAGUGGAGCCCAGUGGAGGAGGAAGGGCGCAGCGCCCCGGCCGUCCUCUACACCAAAAAGGAUGGAGAAGGAGGAGUCGAGGAUACAAACUUCGACCCCGGGUAUGAGCCGGACUGGGCCGUCGUCAGCAACGUGAAGAAGGACCGCGAUCCGGUUCCGGCCAAAGACUCAGGUCAGUGGUCGUUCUCGCUGCCUCUCUCGGAGCUCUACUCCCUCCGGAGGGCUCGGUUCUCUCUGGGCAGAAACUUCCUGGUUCUGACGAGUCGAGGGGGCCACCCGCUGCCCGCCCUGCACUUCCACAGAGGAGGAACCAGGGAGCUGUUUAGGGCCCUGCAACGUUACAUCGUCCUGGACCAGUCGCCGGUUGACGGGCGGCUCUUCCUCGCCUACCCUCACGACCCGGGCGCGCUCUCUCAGUCCUUUGAGAAGCUGCAGCUGUUCGACGACGGCGGCGCCGAUCUCGUUUCGAGAUUCAUCCAGGACCCGUACGCCACCACCUUCGGUGGAUUCUCCAAGGUCACCAACUUCUUCAAAGCCGCCCUUCGACCUCCGGGAUCCCCGGGCCACUUCCGCACUGCUCAGGAUCCCAGUCUGCCGCACCAGUGCGACGAAGAGCCCGACUUCGAGCUCAUCAACUGCGGCGUCGAGCUCGGUCCCAGACCAGACGUAAGCCGGGGACAACCACUGGACAAAUGGCACCAAUUUAUGGACCCAGAGGGGCGAGUGCAGGACUCUGAGAAGAUCAAGGAGAUUAUAUUCAAAGGGGGUGUCUCACCAGCUCUCAGGAAGGAGGUGUGGAAGUUCCUCCUGGGCUUUUAUCCGUGGAACAGCACGUUCAAGGAGAGAGAGGACAUUCUGCGGCUAAAAACGGACGAGUACUUCAGAAUGAAGGUGCAGUGGAAGUCGGUCAGUGAAGAGCAGGAGAUGAGGAACUCCCUCCUCCGGGGAUACAGGAGCCUGAUUGAGAGAGACGUCAACAGGACGGACAGACACAACACCUUCUUCUCCGGGAACGACAACCCGGGCCUGGCUCUGCUGCACGACGUGCUGAUGACGUACUGCAUGUACAACUUUGAUCUGGGUUACGUCCAGGGGAUGAGCGACCUCCUGUCUCCCCUCCUCUUCGUCACCCAGAACGAGGUGGAGUCCUUCUGGUGCCUGACGGGCUUCAUGGAGCUGCUGCACCAGAACUUUGAAGAGUCCCAGGAGGCCAUGAAGAAGCAGCUCCUGCAGCUCAGCAUCCUGCUGAAGGCCCUGGACCCGGAGCUGUGCGACUUCCUGGACUCUCAGGACAGCGGCUCUCUGUGCUUCUGUUUCCGCUGGCUGCUCAUCUGGUUCAAGCGAGAGUUUUCCUUCGAGGACAUCCUCACCAUGUGGGAGGUCAUCUGGUCCGGUCUGCCGUGCGACAACUUCCACCUGCUGAUCGCCUGCUCCAUCCUGGAGUCCCAGCGGGGCGAGCUGAUCGGCUCGGACCACGACUUCAACACCAUCCUGAAGCACAUCAACGAGCUGACCAUGAAGUUGGACCUGCAGGGCGUCCUGCGAGGGGCGGAGGCCAUCCACCUGCAGCUGACCCAGUGCAAGGAGCUUCCCCUGAAGGUGCAGCAGGUCCUGGGACUCUACAGCCCGUCCAGCUCCGAGGAGGAGAGCCCCGACCGCCCGGCCGGCGAGACGCAGCGCCUCCUCGGCGAGGCGCAGGGCGGCGCCGCCGAUGCCUCCGGCCCGGCACGCGUUCCCACCUAUCCUUAAACGCGCGGGACGGCCCCGGGGACGGAGAUACAUGAACGGUCUUUAUAGAAGAAGCGUAUAUAGAUACUUAGAGGCCGUGUGCGAUCCGCGGAGAUGGAAUUACGAGCGCCGUUGCUGCGUGUCGGGCGCAGAGGGCGCCGCCGAGGCUUCUUUCUUUUCUGAAUGUUACAAUUCAAGAUGUAAUGAAAACACUAUAGAGCGAGUCCUCUUCCUGCGUCCUCCUCUUGUUUACAUGUCCCGUGUCUUUCUACUCCUCCUCCUUUUACCUCCCGACAACUUGUUUUAGUCGAGUCGUGUCCGCCUGUGAGGCAGCGUCCUUCGGCCCCUCUGACAAGUGAAGAAGACAAAGGGGGGCUUUGUUAGCGUGACGCCGGCGCGAUGCAAAGCUGCCUGCAUGCCUUAUUCUUUUCUCCCGUGUGGUAACGUUUUAAUCCUUGUAAUUAUCCACAUGAUGUCGGAAUGCUUCAUCCGCUGAUUAUUUCCAAAUAAACUGUUGAAUUUAAA